AUGUCACAAGACGAGCAGCCUAGACUAACUGCCCACGGUCGUUGUGAAGACCUUGACAUUCGUAAUUCCAGCCCAGCCAACAACUCGGGUUCCAUGAACGCAAGUUCCGUCUCUGACCAAGGCAGAAUCGAUACAGAAACAAGCACUCCAACGGGAAACAUCAGCCCAGGAACUGAUUUGCAACAGCGAAAUCAGAUAUUCCAUGAAGAGAGCGACAGGGCGGGCCUGGAUUCGAACACGACCAUAGGCAAUGUUGCUCCAGCUGACCGCCAGCGUUCCUCGAGAGGAGAGUACGAACAAGUGAACAAAUCUCAUGACAAGUUCCAAGGAGAGCCGCUCCAACACCAACCGUUUCCCAUAAGGAAGAGGCAUCGUGUCUUGCGAUUCUGGAUCUGGGAAGUCCUUUCGAUCUGUUUGGCCAUCGGACUGCUGGUGGCUAUAGUGCUGGUUUUAAGCCACUUCCAUGGGGAAAUUGUACCUCAAUGGCGAUUCAGCAUCAAUCUCAACACGCUUGUUGCAUUGUUAGCGACCAUUGCGCGGGCUGCAAUGCUCGCGGCCGUUGCAGAAAUCCUGGGGCAAGUCAAAUGGUCCUGGUUCUCAAGGCCUCGCCCAUUGAACAACCUCCAACACUUCGACAAGGCCAGUCGUGGGUUGAUCGGCUCUCUCUGUCUUCCGCUCGUUGCUUCCAAGAACCUCGUUGCCGUCGUUGGCAGUCUUGUCGUUGUUCUUUCACUGGCCAUCGGCCCCUUUUCCCAACAGGCUAUUAAAUCAGUGGACUGUCUGCAGAAUGUUAGCAGCAUGAACGCCUCCGUUCCCAUAGCCCACUUUUUUGGACAGCGAGGCCUCGUCACGGAACUUGGGGAUUUACGGGCUGACAUGAAGGGUGCGAUGAUUAACGGGUUAGUAAAUCCGACAGGGAACGACUCAAAAAUCACCGCGACUUGCCAGACCGGCAACUGCACUUUUCAGUCCAACUCUAAUGUCAGCUACUCGUCCAUCGGUUUAUGCAGCGCAUGUGUCGAUACAACGCCUUUGGUACAGAUCAUUAGCACCGAUGAUAAACUUCCUCUGCUAUACAAUCUACCGAACUACACCCUACCCCAAGGCUCGGGCGCCACCAUCCGGGCCUUCGUCCCCAACGAACCAUUCCUCAUGGCCACGCCUAGUCGGGAUAUGUCUUGGGCCGCAUCGGCCUUUACUGACUUUUACAAGGGGGUUGUGACGAACAGUAUUCUCAACACCAGCUUCCUCACUUUCACCCGGGCACCUUGUACCAACGUCUCGGGCGUCGUGUCAUGCCCGCAUAAUGUCACUACAGUCGUUCUAGAGUUUCCACAUCAAGUGUAUGUAUGGGAAUUGGACUACGUGGCGACAUCCUGUACAUUGUAUCCCUGCCUUAAAAACUACCAAGCUACCGUGCAACAAGGGGUACUGAACGAACAGGUCGUUUCGACCGCCCCGACCCUGCUCAAUGGUGGAUUCCGGUACUCUCAAAGCAUGUCAACAAACUUCACAGUACUCAGAGAUCCUUGCGUCAUCUCCGACGUCGAGUAUAAUGCAGCGAGCCUCGUCAAUGUGCCACGGACGGCUGGCCGCACCUUUACCAACAUCAGCAUCGACGGCGUGAACUAUACAGCCCCAGAGGAAUGUUUAUAUAAGCUUGACUGGGAUUACGGAUUGGAUAUGCAAAAUUUUAUGGAGAGUGUACUCUUCAAAGGCACCUGCGUCGCAGCAGGUGCUGCAAUGGAGGCAAUGUGCGAGGCCUGGUGGCUCUCACCUCUUUACAACUCCCUCAAUGCAACUUUUGAGACGAUUUCCGAUGCCAUGGACCAGUUCGCAGAGGUCAUCACCAACAAGUUCCGCACUUCCGGCAGUACCAAUUACGACAUUUCCCAGAAGGACGAGGCGUUGGGUGUGGUGACCAGAAUGACCAUCUGCACGGCUUUCGACUGGCAAUGGCUGUUACUGCCCCUAUCCUUAGUAGCCACGACGGCUGUCCUGCUUAUUUUGACCGUGCUUCAGAAUCUCAGGGAACACAGACAGCCAGUCUGGAAAAGUUCAGUGUUACCUUUGAUCUUCUAUGGAAUCGAUGUUAGAUCUUUGUCAUUGGACACGGAAGAACCCCAACCUGUGGUGGACUUGGAUCAGUUGGAUGAGCUAGCAAGUCGGAUGAGGGUCAGGUUUCAAAACGGCCUGGACGCGGGAUUUGUGGGCGUUGAUGACGCUUGUGGCAGCGACGAAGGCAUUGACAUGGACUCGUUGCUUACUGCUGAGCCUGUUUGUCAAUCACAUGAGCAGACAAGCUUGACGCCCUGA